AUGCGGAGUGCCUGUGAUCUAUGUCGACUCCGAAAGAUCCGCUGUGAUAGAGCCACCCCGGCGUGUGAGACAUGCCAAUUGGCCGGCCUACCUUGUGUUUUCACCCCGCAGCUGGUGCAGAAGCGGAAGGGGCUUCGGCAGGAGCUGGCUGAUAGUCAAGCCCGAGUCCAGCAACUAGAGGAAGUAUUGGCUGCAGCCCAAUCUACCCCUGGGGGAAAUAAUGAAUCGUCAGCCGCUUCACUCAGCGGGACUGUUUCUCCAGCGCCUCAGAAUCUUGCUCCGCAAGACUCCCCUGCAAUCAGUCUGGUCACCGACACCCACUGUCUCGAUACGGCACUGGCGUCAUUCCGAUGGCAUAUUGCAUACUGUGGACUCGGCAACCCACUGUCAACGACGAGAGCGGCAUUUUACUCAAACAUCUUUCAGCGAACAGGCAGCACUUUCGAUCUAGACGACUUCUUGAAUGAAUUGAUGCAACCACUCAUUGCACAAGGUCUGAAAGGUGCCAGGCGAUCAGCAUCGAUCAAAUGGCCAUCGAACUCCUUGGUACAGCAAUGUGUGACAUACUACACCAAGGCCGGUCUUUACUCUCUAUUCCCCUUUGCAGAUGCCGAAGCUCUGGGGGUCCUCGUCAAGGCCGAUGUGCUCAAUCAUCCCAAGACAUCCCGCGCGGCUUACCGUGCCUGUCUGGCUGCUUUCACGGCGAAUAUCACACAGAUGCAUCGGCAUGAUCCUAUGUUUCGCGAUGCAGACCCAGACGCUUAUGCACAUGCAGCUCUCUCGCUUGUUCCGGGGAUAAUCACAGAGCCAGCCGAUACGAGAACUGUAGAGGCAAUCAUGAUGAUAGCAAUCUUCAUCUGCCCCCUCGGACAGCCUCAGUACGCCGAAAUGCUCCUUGGAAUUGCGAUCCAAGCACUGUACAAUCUAGAAGCCCACAGGAUGCGACCCGCCUCCGAAACAAACAUCAAACCUCAGCAAAGUAAUCACCUUCGAGCCCUCUUCUGGCUUGCCUACGGCAUGGACCGCGAAUUCGCCAGCCGCAAGUCCCAACCACCCCUCAUCAACGAAGCAGACUGCGACUUAGACCUACCUCCGUCAUACGUACUCACAUCAUCCGCAAAGCAUUUCUACUUCAAACCACUCUCCUCCAAGGAGCUUCUCUACCCAACCGAUCUCCGCCUCGUCUUGAUCAAAUCGAGGAUCUACCGACUUCUCUACUCCGUCCAGAGCAAGGCAUACUCCGAAACGCAGCGAUUACAACAUAUUCGCGAAUUGGACCACGAGCUUAGUGACAUUAAAUCGGAAUACCCAGCAGAAUUCCGGCCAGAUUCAUUCGCAACAGAAGAUGCACCGGAUUACCUCUUCCAUGAUCUCAGUAUUCGAGGUGUGAGCGUGCACUUGGAGUACUACUAUUGUUUAGGUAAGAUCCACGGUGCAAGUAGUACCACCCAAGAAACCCUUUCGUCAAAGUCUCGGUCACUACUAGCCUCCAGCGAGGAAAUUUGUUACGAAUCGGCGAGGUCAACGUUAAUUUAUGUCGGCCGUGUGAGGCAUUACAUCAAUUACCACACAUUUUGGAUCCACGCACAAUUCGUCCUCACAGCCGUCAUCACGCUCUUCCGCUUCCUCAUAAUGCUCCCCGCUGCAGAGACUUUCAUGCGCGAUAUCCAGAUCAUCGAAGAGAUAGCCGGGAUAUUCGCGCCGGCUCGGCAGACGGACGAAGAUGGGAACUUUUUCCCGCCUUUUCACUUUACACACGCCUUUAUGAUGAAACUUGUCUCAUUGGCGAAAAUGGCACACACUAAAUCUAUUGAUAGAGAGUAG